AAAACCCAAAAAAAAAAAAAAAAAUUAAAAAUUAAAAAAUCUUGACCGGGUUGGAGUACGUCAUUCUAGGCCUCACCGCCUCCGUGAGUCUGAGGUUUAUAUCGGGGGGGUGCUGGUGCUCUCUCAUCGCCGCCUUCUACAUCUGGAUCUGAGUUGGAUACUGACUUCAACUUUGAGACGGGUUUUCUAGGCAUAUAGGCGUGGCAGCAUCUGCAUAUCGUGAUCUAGUUGUCGACUAACAAGAUGUCAUCAAGCAAGAAGGAAGAGAAAAGUGGUCAGGAUGCAGCGGAAAGGAUUAAGGCUGCUGCUUUGACAGCAGCAAAGGGGCUUAGCCGUGCUCAGGCUGAGCGAGCAGCUGCAGCUGCGGCCAGAAAUGUAAAUGCAUAUGGGCAGAAGGAAGAAGGGCCCAGUAGAUGGCAGGAGAGAAAAGAAGCAAAGAGACAGAUGUAUUUGAUGAGUACUGAGAAACAAGUGAGAUUAGGUGAAAGGAAAGACCUCAAGCCAUCGAUGUCUACCACGACUGGCUCAGCUUCACAAUGUCAGAAAUGUUUCCAAGCUGGGCAUUGGACUUACGAAUGCAAGAACGAACGCGUUUACAUCUCACGACCAUCUCGUACCCAGCAACUUAAAAAUCCAAAGUUGAGGAUGAAGUUGUCGAUUUCUUAUGAUGUGGAUAACCCAGAUGUUCCGACGGAGCCAAAGAAAGAGAAGAGGACAAAGAAAAGCAAAAGGAAGCAUAGGUUGGACACUGAGUCUGGCAAUGACAGUGAAGCUUCUGUUUUUGAGUCUGAUAGUGGGUCUGUUACUGGAUCUGAUAAUUCUUCGGCAGAGAGUGAUUCGAGCUACAGCUCAUCUACUGAUUCAGAGGAAGAGAGGAGGAGGAAGAAGAAGAAGCAGCAGCAGCAGCAGAGAAAGAGGAGGCACCGGAGGCAUAGCUCUACUUCUGAGUCUUCUGAUUCGGAAUUGGAGUCAGAAUCUGAUUCUGACGACAGGAGCAGCCGGAGGAAGAGCAGGAGGCACAGCCGAAAACGCUAGGCAACGUGGUUUUGAAUAUCAGCCAGUGUGAAAGAUUUUGAACUAUUGAUAUCAUGAAUAUUGGCAAAUACUGUUGGAUAUGUUAGACAUGUUGGGAACAGGCCCUCCAUUCAGUAGGUGUUUUGCUUUUAGCAUUACUACUUAGUAAUUGUGUGAGGCAUGUAAUAAUUUCAGAAUUGUAGUUGCUUUUCUCUAUCAAACUUAUAUUGGGGUGAAUUUCUAACUUCAUUUUUACAGUUUGGUCAUGCAAUAGGAUUAUAUGAAGCAGGGUUUCUUCUUGUGGUUUUGUAGCACCGCAUGAUGAGGUAUAAACAUGACUUGUGCUGUUACUGAAA